CUUCGCGAUCAGGAUCUCACCACGACGAGGGGUACCACCUCAAACCCUACACUGAAGCCAUUUCUCUCAAUCUGAGGUGGACGAUCUUAUCAUUCUUCACAAUGGCGCUAUCAAUCUCAUCCGCUGUCCGCUCGUCUUUGCCCGCAGUGGCUCCGCUCAUCUCCUCCGAGGCAACCGCAUUUGCAUCCCGCUCAGCAAUGCUUCAAACGCGACGAUUCGCUCUUCCGCUGCUGCCCUCCAUCUCUUUCGCUAUCCCAGUCGCCAUCCAUCUCAACAUUCCAUCAAUAAUACCAGGACUGUGGGAGUCAAUCCUGAAGGCCGUCCCCAAGAAGAAGACCUCGCACAUGAAGAAGCGACAUCGGCAAAUGGCUGGUAAAGGAUUGAAGGACGUGACGUCGUUGAACCGGUGUUCCUCAUGCGGAAAUGUGAAGAGAGCUCAUAUACUGUGUCCUCACUGUGUCAAAGGUAAAAAGCUCUACUGGCAAUGCAAGCUUUGAUGCAGCUGCUGACGGUUUCCCAUAGCUAUUAAAGACAUGUGGCUGGGCAAGGCCGGCGAGUCUGCUGGCGAGGCGUCGAAGGCUCAAGCUUAAUGUCGACACAUUCAAUGGGUUCUGGAUGCUUUGUGU